UUCUCGUUAAUUUUCCUUUCGUUUUCAUUCCCUCUUUCCCGUUUUUUCUUAUAAGCUCUAUUUUUAGUUCAUUGGUUGCAAGUUGCUUUUACAGUUCGAUUUUGCUGCUUCUUUGCCUGUCGAGAGAUAAUUGGGGACAACGGGUGUUGGGAUUUUUCUAAUGGGUUUGUGGGAAUUUGGUUCUACGACUUGUUUGUUCAAUGGGAAAGUGAGGGAGGGAAGUUUGGUUGUGUAAACAAUCGCUUAGCUUCUUGUGGGGUUGUUUGAGUUAGUGGAAGAUUCGUAUUGGGAAUUUUUUGUUAAUUGAAUUUGAUUGAAAUUUAGCUUGUUCUGGGUGGGAGUUUGCGAGUGUAGUGUAAUGUCUCUGCUUUUUGAUGAGGAGGUUAAUGGGUUUCGGCCUUGUUUGGCUUCUGAGAAAAUUGGUGGAGGGAAAUGGGGUGAUUUUAAAGGUUUGGGAAAAUGUUAUAAGGAAGAGAACGAGGGGCUUUUUGAAGAAAAAAAGCCUUCUGCAGAGCAAAAAAGAAUUUCAUAUGACACUCUUGUUAUUAGUUUCAGAAGAGUUGAUUUUGCUUUUUGAUGUUUCUUUCUCAAAGACGAAUGGUGUGGCUUUAAGUUCAUGGUAUCACGUAAGUUAGUUUUGAACAUUGCUGAGAGAGGCAUUUUGGAAGAUCCCUUUUCCUGAGGAGUUUCAAUCCAUCAAAAUGAGGGAGAAAAUGAUUUAAUCUUAACAUCAGUCAGUUAGCCAAUGCAGGGAGUGCUUUACUAAUAUCAUCUGUAAAUUCACCAAUGAAUGGAUAUGUUUUUCAAAUUAAGCAUGUUCUGUAUUUCUCAAUUUUAAAAGCAAUUAGACAUGUUGCCACAUUUGAGGUCCUUGUUUUCUUGUUAUAUGUUUCUUCCUUGUCCCUUCUUUGGUUGUAGUUUAAUUCAUCUAUCUUCUUUUAAGAGCUUUCAUGAGACUAUCUUACUGUUACAUUGUAAUCAUAUCUCUUGUUGUUUCUUGAAUCUUAUUCUCUGGUCUGAUCGUUGACCAUUUUCUAAUACCUAUCGUGAAUAAUUCAUCUUGGCCUCUCAGCUGCUUACUGUCAUUUUGGUUUCAUCCUAAGUAGGUUGACUUGCCGGAACAUCAGAACACAUACACAUCCUGAUGGUCCGUGAGAAAGAUAUUUGUUGGGAAUAUGCCGAGAAAUUAGAUGGUAACAAGGUAAAGUGCAAAUUUUGUCUUAGAGUUUUGAAUGGUGGGAUCAGUAGAUUGAAGCAUCAUUUAUCUCGACUACCGAGUAGAGGUGUAAAUCCAUGUAGUAAAGUGAGGGACGAUGUUUCUGAUAGAGUGAGAGCCAUACUAGCAACUAGAGAGGAAAUCAAGGAAGCAUCUAGUGGGAAAAAGCAGAAGCUAGCUGAAGUCAAAACUGUUGAAAAUGUACCAUCAAUAUCAAUGUGUAAAUCUGUUGUUUCAAUGGAGACCCCGUCGCCAAUUGCCAAAGUUUUUCCAACCGUUACUCCCAUGGCUCCCCCAUCAUUACACAAUCAUGAAAAUGCUGAGAAAAGCAUUGCUUUAUUCUUUUUCGAGAACAAGCUAGACUUUAGUAUAGCUAGAUCUUCAUCCUAUCAGCUUAUGAUUGACGCAAUAGGGAAAUGUGGCCCUGGAUUUACAGGCCCUUCUGCCGAAACGCUGAAGACUACUUGGUUGGAGAGGAUCAAAACUGAAGUGAGCCUUCAGUCAAAAGAUAUUGAGAAAGAGUGGACUACCACCGGCUGCACGAUCAUUGUAGACACAUGGACUGACAAUAAAUCAAGGGCUUUGAUUAACUUUUUGGUUUCAUCCCCAUCCCGGACAUUUUUUCACAAAUCCGUCGAUGCAUCUACGUAUUUCAAGAACACAAAGUGCCUUGCUGAUUUAUUUGAUUCUGUCAUUCAGGAUUUCGGCCAUGAAAAUGUAGUGCAGAUAAUCAUGGACAGUAGUUUGAAUUAUUCAGGUAUUGCAAAUCAUAUCCUUCAGACCUACGGAACUAUAUUUGUGUCUCCCUGUGCUUCGCAGUGUCUGAAUUCAAUUUUGGAGGAAUUUUCAAAGGUAGAUUGGGUAAACAGAUGUAUCCUGCAAGCACAAACUAUAUCAAAAUUUUUAUAUAAUAGUUCCUCACUGCUUGACUUGAUGCGAAGGUUCACUGGCGGUCAAGAACUCAUUCGGACUGGGAUAUCGAAACCUGUAUCGAGCUUCCUGUCUGCACAAUCUAUUCUGAAGCAAAGGUCAAGACUGAAGCAUAUGUUCAACAGCCCUGAUUACACCACAAAUUCUUACGCAAAUAAACCACAGAGCAUUUCUUGUAUUGCCAUAAUAGAAGAUAAUGAUUUCUGGAGGGCAGUAGAAGAAUGUGUAGCAAUAUCAGAGCCUUUCCUGAGAGUCUUGAGAGAAGUGUGUGGGGGUAAACCUGCUGUGGGAUGUAUAUAUGAGUUAAUGACUAGAGCAAAAGAAUCAAUAAGAACAUACUAUAUAAUGGAUGAGAUCAAGUGCAAGACAUUUCUUGAUAUUGUUGACAGGAAGUGGCGAGACCAACUUCAUUCCCCGCUUCAUGCAGCAGCUGCAUUUUUGAACCCAAGUAUUCAGUAUAAUCCAGAGAUAAAGUUCCUUACUUCCAUUAAAGAAGAUUUCUUUAAUGUUUUGGAGAAAUUACUCCCCUUGCCAGAGAUGAGACGGGAUAUUACAAACCAAAUAUUUACUUUCACAAAGGCGAAUGGGAUGUUUGGAUGCAGCUUAGCAAUGGAAGCAAGAGAUACAGUUUCACCUUGGCUUUGGUGGGAACAGUUUGGUGACUCUGCCCCCGUGUUACAACGAGUUGCAAUACGAAUUCUCAGUCAAGUUUGCAGUACUUUCUCCUUCGAGCGGCAUUGGAGCAUGUUUCAGCAAAUUCACUCUGAAAAGCGUAAUAAAAUCGAUAAGGAGACAUUGAACGACCUCGUCUACAUAAACUACAAUCUCAAGUUGGCUAGACAGAUGAGAACAAAACCACUGGAAUCUGAUCCUAUCCAGUUCGACGACAUUGAUAUGACGUCAGAGUGGGUAGAGGAGAGUGAAAACCAAAGCCCGACGCAAUGGCUCGACAGAUUUGGUUCUUCCUUGGAUGGGGGCGACUUGAAUACAAGACAGUUCAAUGCUGCCAUGUUUGGUGCAAGUGACCACAUAUUUAAUUUGUGAGAAACAUCUUAACUUGCAACAUCAAAUUGUUUGUUUGUAAUCCUCUCCACUUCUUAUUAGGCCUUGUAUGUAUUCUCUGAUUAGAGGCUUCAUCUCUUUUUCUCUUCCUUUUGUUGUAUUGUAGCAUGAACUUGCUCCUUACUUUCUGUAUAUAAAAUAGAAACAAAACUUCAAGGUUAA